GCAAAGUCAACAUCGGGCAGAUGAUGUUCUAAAUUUGCCGCAGAAUGCAUUUGUGAAAAAAAUGGUGGAUUUUGAAGAGAAAUCGAAAACGGAAAUUGAGAAAUUGAAGACAGAAAAUGAAAAAUUGACCAGAGAUAAAAACUAUUUCGAAGAACGCCUCAAAGUACUAGAAAAAGCAAAUAGGAGUAAGGAAGGAUUAGAUACAGGAAGUUCAACGCAACAAACUAAAGAAACUCCACAGGAAAGUUUACAACUAUCAGACGACAAACAAAGUGACGCAAAAGAUGAAAUGUUGAGAAAGCAAGCAAACGAAAUGGAAGAAAAACAGAAGUCGAGAAAUGAAGAAUUGACUAAAGAGAACAACCGUCUACAGGAACGCAUCUACAUAUUAGAGAAAGAGAACGAAAAUGCAGAAAUGUUGACAAAAGAUAAAAAGGCUUCAGAAAACAUUACCAAAAGUGAACCGGACCGCUCAAGGCAGCGUAAUGAGGAAUUGAUAAAGAAACAAUGUCAACAAGCCAACACCACACGAGAAAAACAAACUGGGACAGAUUAUCCGAAGGAAGCAUUGAGAAAGCAGUGUCAACAAAUGGAAAAUAAAAACCUGGAACUCAUCGAACAGAGGGACGUAUUGCAAGCAGAGAAAGAUACGUUACAGAUAUAUUCCAACCAGAUUAAAGAAGAAAGAGAUGAAUUAUUGCUUCGGCUUAGUAAAUUCGCCGGAGACAAACUUGUUGAUAACAAUCCUGCAAUUACCGACCUGAGUGAUCCAAACCGACCUACGAAGCUUGGAGAGUUUUACAGUGAGAUAUACGACAAUGAAUGGACCAAUGCUUUUGAGGCGUUAGUUGAUGGUGACUACGAUGAAAUAACAGCGAUUGAAACAUUAAGACUGACGCUGCUGAACGUCAUACAAUUCUGUGAGAGCAAAGCUGAUCUUUUGUUACAAAAAGCUUCAGAUGCUGUGAAUCUACUGUUUGAAGAGUAUCGACAGUCGGUUAUGGAAAUUAGAACGCCAUCUCAUUUAACAAUGCCAAAACGACAGGCGCGAGAUGUCGCACAGUUUGUCCGUCGUGAGAAGUCUUCGUUAGAAGAUAUAAAACUACAGCGCAGGUGGGAGCUUAAACCUAAUAAAAUCAAAGGAGAUGCUAAAGCGAGUUCCGAAAAAGUACAGAAAGAAGAACAGUCAAAAUUGAACGCUGAUACUAAAUUGAAGCAGCUGCGAAAAGACAUGGCGUCAUCAAUGGUGCCUAUUGUGCAAAAGGCGUACAUCGAAACAAGCUGGACAAACAGAUGCAUAGAAGAACUAAAACCAUACAUUCUGAAGUGCCUUUACCUAGGCUGGAUGAUGGUGGUCCAGUCGCCACCGCUGGUCCUACAUGAAUUUCCCACCGAAAAAGAGAUAAAAUUUGAUAAAAACAUGUACAAAGAAUACACCGCAUCCGGACCUCUAGUCAGUUACGUGGUUUGGCCAGCGUUGUUGUUAAAAGAAAAUGGACCUGUCGUCUGCAAAGGCGUGGCAGAAGGAAAGAAACCCUAAAACUAGAUGUUUAGGUGUAGUGCUGAUAAAUAGAUGCAUGACUUGCAUGACUUGUGUAAAUGACUUAGCUAACACAAUGUUGGUGAUCUGCGAAGUGUCUCUUAUAUAACGACUUCAUUUUAUGUUUUCGUGUUUUGUCAUACCUAAAAUUAAUAACUUUUUGGCUGAUUAAAUGAAACGCAAUAUGACCAGUGCAGUGAGGAAAAUGAACUUGCCGUGUCUUAUGGAAAAUGACACAAUACACUUUUCCAGCAACAAGAAUUCGGGUCGUAAGUUUGCUUAAGGAAUUCAAAACAAUCAACAUAACUAUACACGACAUUUUAUUGUUUUGCGUGUAACAGUUUUGAUUUUAUUUGUGUUAAAACUUUGAUCUUCAGACCAUGUUGUUACAACAUCUUCAUAAAAUGUGGUGUUGAAAGCCAGCAGUGGAACAUAAUUCUCUUCAUGUUCUAAACCGAUUUCCAUAACAUACAUUUCAUGCCUUUGUGCUUCAUAAUAAUUUCCAUAAUUAAUUUUGAAGAACGAGAGCUGGAGGCUCAGAUAUCAUUUUCAUUCGUUUGAGUUUUAAUCCAAUAAACAGUUAUAUUCAACGUUUUUGUUUAAACACUUGAAGUUAUCUCAUUGCAUAAGUAUUAUUUUAGACAUCUUACAUUCCGAAUCUAGAACUUUCUAAGAGUGAUCUUACUCUAAGCAAAUGUAAAGCAGGCAAAUUUGAUAGUUUUGUCUGUCAUUUCAAAAUAUUUUCACCUCUGUCUUCUAUCAUAAACACUAUAUGCGUUAAUUUUCAGGAAAUAA